AUGCAGGCGCGCUACUCCGUGCCCGACCCCGGCGCCCUGGGGGUGGUGCCCUACCUGGGCGAGCAGAGCUACUACCGCGCGGCGGGCGGCUACGGCGGCAUGGGCAGCCCGGUGAGCGUGUACCCCGAGCAGUACGGCGCGGGCCGCGCCUACGCGCCCUACCACCCGCACCAGCCCGCCGCGCCCAAGGACCUGGUGAAGCCGCCCUACAGCUACAUCGCGCUCAUCACCAUGGCCAUCCAGAACGCGCCCGACAAGAAGAUCACCCUGAACGGCAUCUACCAGUUCAUCAUGGAGCGCUUCCCCUUCUACCGGGACAACAAGCAGGGCUGGCAGAACAGCAUCCGCCACAACCUGUCGCUCAACGAGUGCUUCGUCAAGGUGCCGCGCGACGACAAGAAGCCGGGCAAGGGCAGCUACUGGACGCUCGACCCGGACUCCUACAACAUGUUCGAGAACGGCAGCUUCCUGCGACGGCGGCGCCGCUUCAAGAAGAAGGACGUGCCCAAGGAGAAGGAGGAGCGCGCGCGCGCCCGGGAGCCGCCCGCCGCCGCGGCCAAGGGCGCCCCGGCCGGGCCCCCCGCGGCAGACGCGCCCCCGGAGGCCGACGAGAAGGUGGUGGUCAAGAGCGAGGCGGCGUCGCCCGCGCUGCCGGUCAUCACCAAGGUGGAGACGCUGAGCCCCGACGGCGCGCCGCGGGGCAGCCCGCGCAGCGCCGCGUCCACGCCCGCCGCCUCGCCCGCCGCCGCGCUGCCCGAGCCCCCGGGCGCGCCGCACGGGCCGCCGGGCUUCAGCGUGGACCACCUGGUGACGGCGCGCGCGUCGCCGCUGGCGCUGCCCUACGCCGCCGCGCCGCCCGCCUACGGGCCGCCGUGCGCGCAGGGCCCCGAGCCCGCCGCCUACCAGUGCAGCGUGCGCGCGCUCAGCCUCUACACCGGCGCCGAGCGGCCCGCGCACAUGUGCCUGGCGCCCGCCGCGCUCGACGACUCGCUCGCGGACCCCCCCGGCGGCCCCGCGUCGCCCCUGAGCGCCCUCGGCCUCGCGGCGGGCCAGGAGGGCGCGCUGGCCGCCGGCCACCACGCCGCGCCCCACGGCCACCACCCCGCGCCCGCGCCGCCGCCGCCCGCGCCCGGCCCGCAGCCCCCCGGCGCCCCGCCGCCCGCGCAGGCGGCCUCCUGGUACCUCAACCACGGGCCCGACCUGGGCGCGCUGCCCGGCCACGCGUUCGGCGCGCAGCAGCAGACGUUCCCGGGCGUGCGGGAGAUGUUCGGCGCGCACCGGCUCAGCGUGGACGCCCCGAGCCUGGCGGAGCCCGCGGGCGGCGGCGGCGGCUGUCAGCUGCCCUACCGCGCCGCGCCCGCGCUCUACCGCCACGCCGCACCCUACUCCUACGACUGCCCCAAGUACUGACCCCGGCUCCCCGCGCCCACCCGCCGGCCCACCCCGGGGCGCCGCGCGACCCACCCUGACCGUGGGCGACGAAACGGCAGGCCCAGCCGCGCAGCCGCCCGCGCAGCGCGGGGGUCCCAGCAGAAGCCCGGGCCCGAGCCCCCCUCGGAAUCUCUCGCGCCGGACCGACGUGCGGCCCCGUGGUCCGGCGACGGCGUGGCUGGCCCGUUCAGAGCCAUUAAUAUAAUAUUUAAAGUUGAGUCCACUGGAUCGCGCUGCAUCUCCCCGGGCCGUUUCUCCCUGCCUGUUGGAAAACCCGAGACGCCUACAGCGUCGGUGUCCCCCCCA